AUGGCUGGAAGUGCUAUCUUGUUAACGUACGUUCAAUAUAAAGCGAUACUGCGCUUUCUUCAGGAGCUCAUGGAGGCGUCCUCCAUGGUCGCACCAAAGGACUUCAACGACAUGGCGAAAUUCGUUCAUUCAAAGGAUAUUUUUGUAUUUUUACUUCUCUCAAGUCACGUGUUCAAUUGUGUUAAAAGUGGAUACACGUUUGUAACAGUGCUAAAUUUUACCGCUCUUUUCAUGAUGUUGGUGAAUUUUAUCAUGGACAUGUUCUACAUUAACUCGACGUGCGUUUUAAAAGCAUGCUUCAUGAAAAUCGACGAAGAUCUUGAUAAAUAUCGAAAACCCGUCACCAGGACAUUUCUGCGCCACAAACAAAGUACUGCCUCGUUGCUGAUUAAAUUGAAGAAAUUAGAGGCUAAACACCUGCAGGUCACCGAUAUCGUACAAUUACUGAACAAAAUAUUUAUCACACAACUCGUAGUAACAACUGUCACGACAUUUACUAUUGUUACUUUCAACUUGUACUUUUCUUUAAUACCGGUCAACGGUGGGGAAAAAGCUAGCAAAUAUCCACUGUUUUGGUACUGGCCCUAUAUUCCUUCUAUCGUAUAUUAUUUUCUUAAAUUUGCUACGAUGAUUUGGGCGUGUGAAACGGCGACUAACAAAGCUGAACAAAUCCGCCUUACUCUUCACGGUGCCCUUAGCGGGGCGACCGAUUUGUCGGUGAAACGCGAGGUAAGAAAUAUAUUCAUCGGUCCUUCAGAAGUUUCUUAUAAAUUCUAUUAA